AAUUUACCUCGCGCAUCACCCUUUCCCCACCGUUUUCCAACAGCCGCCUAACCUCCCUCUCUACUUUUUCGUUUUUCUCCGGCCACCAAACCCCUCUUCGCCGAAAACCCACACGACCAGCUCCUCGGCAACUCCUGCGCGCGACCUCAGACCAAGCGGCAGCGAACUACGGAAGGGAACCAGACCCACGGCAACUCCUUCAAAGUGUGCCUGGAACGACAGCCUCAGCCCACGGCUUCGUAGACGCGUUUGGACGACGAUUGCGGCGUUCUACGGCGUUCCUUCCGACGGACAGCAGUGAGCAGCGGCAUAUUUUUCACUUCAGUCACAUGCUUAGUCGAUCAUAGAUUCGGAUUACCCGCUCUCCAACUGCUUCGAAUCUGCAGGUUUCAGUUCCUUGAAACACCAACCAGUAAACGGGUAUGGUGCGCUCCAAAGCUGCCUCAAAGAAGCAAAAAAAGAGUGGAAUUGAUUUUAAGAAAAUCAAGCGAAAGAUAGGCAGGAAAUUGCCACCGCCAAAGAAUGCUACAAACAUUGAAAUUAAAUCAAAAGCUAUUAUUUUGCCCGAGCAGAGCGUUGCAUCAGAGAAGGCAGGUUUAGCUGUGAAUAAAAAAGGGUUGACUUUGAAGGAGCUUCUCCAGCAAACAUCCCACUACAAUGCUAAGAUUCGUAAAGGUGCUUUGGUGGGCAUCAGAGAUUUAUUCAUUAAAUACCCUGCGGAGUUGAGGUUACAUCGCUAUACUGUUAUUGAGAAAUUGCGCGAACGCAUUGAUGAUAGUGAUAAAAUGGUUCGCGAGACACUAUAUCAGCUUUUGAAGUCAGUUAUCUUCCCUGGUUGUAAGGAGGAAAAUCAAGGCCUCUUCAUUUCCUUAUUGAUGGGUUAUAUUUUCAAUGCAAUGAUUCACUUAUCCAUUGAUGUUCGGAUGAUGGCUUUCAAAUUUUUUGAACUUUUAGUGGAGUACUACCCUUCUUCAUUUUUCUUACAUGCUGAUAAGAUUCUCCAAAACUACGCUGAAAUUCUACAGAAGAAUCAAUUCUAUCUACAAGAUAAAGGCAAGCUGAAGAAUGCUCUUACUGGGUUGGUCCAGUGCUUAUCACUAUUGCCGUGCAACAAAAGAGGAAUUGGCUCAUCUGAAAAUAAUGUUGCAGACGAUGGGAUGCUACAUGCUUUUGAUCCUCAUGUGCCUACAGAAUCUGCUGGGCCUUGUGUCAUUAAUAAGAAAUUAGAGGAUCUGGUGCUUGUGUUAUUAAAUUGCUUCCAAGAGUUUAUGCCGGUAGUUCAUGAUGCAAAUCUUCUUAAUGCACAAAUUUAUGACUGUAUUCUAUAUGUUGUUCGAAGUAUACAUCUUGCCGUUCAGUAUUUCUUUUAUGGGAUUGGAAAUGGUAAAGUGGAAUCACAUUCUCCUUGUAAAGGAUCUGACACACAGUUGGAGGGGACUAUUUCGUCAGCAUUGUUAAAGAAAUUGCUUUCUGUAUUUCCCCUUAAUCCGUUGCAUCACAUCUCGGAGAAGGACCACGAUAGAUUACUGACUGUGAACAUUGUCAUAACAGAGAUAUUUCUGCAUUCGGUGAAAUGUAUCAAACCUCCAAAUGCAAUAUUGGAGACAUUUCUAGAAUUUAUAGAAAGUGUUUUGCUUGGAAAGAUUGUUAGUGAGACUCAAUCUAGGAAAGUGGUCAGAGAGAAGCAUGUCCUUCCAUUACUUCCUUUUAUUCCUGAACUUAUUGCACAAGUUGAGAAUACUUGGAAAUUUCGACUGCUUCAGGGAUUUACUCAUGCAUUCAAAGAUUGCCACCCAGAAUCUUCAUUAAAAUUGGCUUGCUUGCAUGUCGUUGAAGAAUUGCUCAUUCCUACCGGUGAGCUCUCGUGGAUAGAUGCAAGUUGUCCUGAAAUAGUAGAGCAUCGGGUGGCAUGGAUUAGAGAACUGCCUUCGUUGCUGAUCCUUCUUGGUGAUAGUUAUCCUUCCUGUUCUGAGGUUGUAUUGCGCCUUUUACUUCAUGUGGGACAAGCCUCUUUCUUGAACUCUCCUCUGAAAUGGGAAUACGACAACACCCAGCACCCACUGCAAGAGUUUUACCACAGGAGCACUGCUGAAGGGAAUAACUGCUACGGUCCUUUUACAAGGCUUCCUAAGGAAUGUCAGGAGCUCUCAAUUUGUUGUCUUUAUUACUUCUCUUAUUUGGAUCCUCUUCUAUUGAAAUCACUAGCUUCUUGCUGCCUAUGUCCUGAGUUGCAUCCAGAAAUAGUGUUUCGAAUUAUAGAGGUUCUUCAUUCAGCCUAUAAAGUUGGACAUAUACAGAUUGCUGACUAUAUUAGUUUCUGUGCCACACUACUCUCUUGUUUUAAAGUUUCCCCAGAAAGCAAUAAGGCCUCAAAGUACGAAACUUCGAAGUUAAUCAGGAAAGUAAUUUACUCAUGCUUGUCACAAAUUGGUGACAAUUCUCUUAUUAAACAGACGCUAGAGAAAGUACUAGUUGACUGAACUUGGGAGUUUGCUCCACUGUCUUUUACUGCCCUCUCUUCCCCUUGUUCUUCUCUCCUCUCUGUAGCGGUGUAUUAUAUACUUUUUUUUUUUUUUUUUUCAAAUCAAUUUAUUAGGCAGGUGGUUUUUGAUGUAGUUAAUAGCUAAUCAGUUAAUUAAUUAGGAUUACGAUUUAAUUUUGUAUACUGGGUGUUACAAUUUUCGGUUUUAGGCUUAGAUUAUUCUUUUUACCCGUAUGGUUGAAUAUGCAUCUAUUUACUCAAAAAAAUUAGUUGAUGGUUGAUUCGA